UCCUCUCCUGGCUUACUUCAUAGUCCAUACUUGCUCAGACUGACACACACGCAGAGGCCACAGCACGCAGUCACACAGUGGUGGAGCAAUGACUAUUGCAGGCGCAGCGACUGAACAGUGCAAGAAGGCCAUGAAGAUCGGGCUUUCUCUCUUCGGCAGACGUUUCAACUCCUCCAAAUGCAAGACGAUGGCGAAGAUGGCGGUGGCAAGAAUAAAGCUACUGAGGAAUAAGAGGGAGGUGGUGAUUAGGCAAAUGAGGAGAGACAUAGCUAUGCUGCUUGAGAAAAAACAGGAUGCUACUGCUCGAGUCAGGGUUGAACAUGUAAUAAGAGAACAGAACAUUAUGGCUGCAAAUGAGUUCAUUGAGCUUUUCUGUGAACUCAUUGUGGCCCGACUUCAGAUUAUUGCAAAGCGAAGGGAUUGCCCUGCUGACCUGAAAGAAGGGAUAUCAAGUUUGAUCUUUGCUGGCCCUCGUUGCUCAGAGAUUCCAGAACUCUUGGCUAUUCGGGAUGUUUUUGAGAAAAAAUAUGGAAAAGAUUUUGUAUCUGCAGCUACUGAUCUACGACCCAAUGCUGGAGUGAACCGGAUGCUUAUUGAAAAGCUUUCUGUUAGAACACCAUCUGGUGAAGUAAAAUUGAAAGUUAUGAAAGAGAUAGCAAAGGAAUACCAGGUUGAUUGGGAUACAACAGAAUCUGAGAUGGAGCUGCUCAAGCCUCCAGAAGAGCGUAUAGAAGGACCAACUACUUUUGCAAGUGCUUCCAGCUUACCUGUCAAGCCAGUCAUGAAUCAUUCAGUGGCACCAGAACCCCCUCUGACCAGCAAGCAUCCAGGUGUUGGAGAAAGCAAAACCUUGCAUUUUCAAGACUCAGCAUCAGCUGCUGAAGCUGCUGCUAAGUCUGCGACGGAAGCAAUUGCUGCUGCAGAAGCUGCUGCCUAUCUGGUUGGUAAAGAGACGCAUGCAUCUGGUUUUCACAACGGUAAGAAUGGCGCAAACAUGAAUAAAUUCAGUUCUGUGAGGUCCAAUUCUACUGGCAUUUAUAUGCCUCAUGACAUGGCCCAAGAUGAUGAAAUGAUGGGUGAUGAAUACAAGGUCCAGAAGAGCAUCAAGCGGCGGAGUUCUGAAAAUUCUCAUUCCUCAAGUGCUGAACAUAACAAUUUCGACACACCAAAGGUUUAUCGAAGGCAUAGCUAUAAUGUUCCAUCUGCUCGUUCUGAUAUCAAAUUUGAUGACUCAGAUUGCGACGAAGAAAUUGACGUGGAAGAACCACCUUUAAAUCUUAGAAGGCACAGCUACACUGUCCCUCCUGCAAAGUCAGAUGUCAAAUUUGAUGAAUCAGAUGUUGAUGAGGAAAUUGAGAUGGAGAAACCUGGACAAGGAAUGAACCAGCCACCUCACAGGCCUGCACCACAGGCACCUGGAAUGCAAGGGAAACAGGAUUCAUUUCCUCGAGUUCACCCUAGAUUACCAGACUAUGAUACUCUUGCUGCACGUUUUGAAGCUCUCAAAUACCGCAAGUCUUAGAUAGUUAUGGUUGAUACAAGGCUGGAUUUAUCUGCUUCUAUUUUUGGGGUAUGUUGUAGUCAAUUCAUUACAGAGGUUAUAGUAGAUCGUAGUAUGAAGUUUAAAGAAUAGCUGCUGCUACUAUAUUUGCAACAUUUUGUACUCACUCGUCCAUUCUAAUGGAUAUACUAAUAUAAUGCAUUA